UCCGAGGGAUUCCAGCCUGAGCAGGGUUUGCAGGAGGGCGAAGGAGUUGGCGGUAAGGCGAGCGUCAGUCUCCAUUAGCCUGCCCCCAGGAGGCUAGUUGGAGACGGCGCUCCAGAACUGGUGGCUGCGGACCGCCGUGGAGCCUCGCAGCCUUCCCGCUGCUGCCUUCAGGGUCUGCUGGAGGACAGUUGUUUCCGACUGACUGGAGGAAGUUGUAGCAUCCCUUUUAGCCAGGGGUUUUACCUGUUCAUCUGUAGUGAUAUCCUGAGAGAAGAUGGGAAAGGGAUGCAAGGUUGUAGUUUGUGGAUUGUUAUCUGUGGGGAAAACUGCAAUUUUGGAGCAGCUCCUUUAUGGGAAUCAUACUAUUGGAAUGGAAGAUUGUGAAACAAUGGAAGAUGUGUAUAUGGCUUCUGUGGAAACGGAUCGGGGAGUAAAGGAACAGUUACAUCUAUAUGACACCAGAGGCCUACAGGAAGGUGUGGAGCUGCCAAAGCAUUAUUUUUCAUUUGCUGAUGGCUUUGUUCUAGUGUACAGUGUGAAUAACCUUGAAUCCUUUCAAAGAGUGGAGCUUUUGAAGAAAGAAAUUGAUAAGUUCAAAGACAAGAAAGAGGUAGCAAUUGUUGUAUUAGGAAACAAAAUCGACCUUUCUGAGCAGAGACAAGUGGAUGCUGAAGUGGCACAGCAGUGGGCAAAAAGUGAGAAAGUAAGACUGUGGGAGGUAACUGUUACAGAUCGGAAAACUCUGAUCGAGCCGUUCACUUUAUUAGCCAGUAAACUCUCCCAACCCCAGAGCAAAUCCAGCUUUCCUUUGCCUGGGAGGAAAAACAAAGGGAACUCUAGCUCUGAGAACUAAAAAUUAGUAAUUUCACAAUUGUUUUUUUGAAUAGUGAUUACUUGCGAGUGUCUGUGAAAGAUGAUUAAUAUUUAAAAUAGACCAUUUGUGUUUAUCUUUGGUUGUUAAGGAAACCUCUAAGGAAGUAAUGUAAUGUACUAUGUUUUUGGACUAAGUUUAUUGGUAUUGCUUGAUAUUGAAAUAUAUUCUCAUUGUUUGGAAUCUGUUCCUGAAAUUAGCACCUUUGUUAUCUAUGUUCCACCUGUAAAAUAAAGUUUGAAUAGUGUGCAGAUGAACACGUGUAAACCCCCACAGCCUAUUUCAGAAUUUAUCAUACUCAUUCUAUAUAAUUUCACACAAACUUAGCUCAAAAAUGACUGAUUUUUAAAAAUUAGUAAUCUAAUGUCUAGGAUCAUAAAUCAUUUUUCAUGUCCCCAGUUUGGAUCAAUAACAAUGAACAAUUUGGGCAAAACAUAAGGUAACAGAAGUCAUGGUUUAGGUGUGUGUAUGGGGUGGUGCUAGGGAUCAAACUCAGGGCCUUAACAUGCUAGACAAGUGCUUUACCACUAAGCUAUUUCCCCAGCCCUGUGAUUUUGUUUUGGUCCACUUUUUUAAAAAGAUGAGGUGGUAGGCAGUGGCAUUGUAAGUAGGUUUAUCACACUUAGGCCUUUAUUUUCUUCUUGAGCCAGGUUACUGUCAACUGACGAAAUAUAGAGUCUUCCUUCUUUUGAAAAAUAACUUCCAUUUUUGCAGUAGUACUGUAUCUUCAGGAAUUGUUUGCUAGAUGUGUAGUCAUGUGUAAUAAUACAUAUCCUGCAAAUACUGGAUUACUGGUGUUCUAAAAGUUAAACAGGGUUAUUCUAUGGCUUGCUGGAGAUUUUAUCAAGAUCUCAACAAUGUGGCUUUAUUUAGCAAGUUGACAGCAAUAUAACUAAAGUUAUAAGAAUAUAAGAAAUGGGGAAUGAGCUACUUGGUGGUUUCAGCUGUGAAUCAAGUGGUUAAAUGACUUUAUGAAAUGAGCUGUUCAGCGAAUACACUAUCAUUUAAAAUGGGAUACUUUUAAAUAGGUGGCUAAUUGAGGGAGUUCAAGCCAAGAACUACUGCACAUAAAUAUAUUUGAGAAGGGGACUGAAAAGCUACCAUUCAGAUAUUUAGUUUUCCCCUGUCUUCUCUCAGUUACUUACCUCUGGCUUUCUUCCCUGUGUAUUUCACUUACACCCCUGCAAUAUUUUUUCCUACUGAAUGCAAUGUAGAUCUGUAUUAAUACCCAUAGAGUUAGGAGAGUUAACCAUGUGUUUUUUAAACGCUCAAAUGAACAUAUGUGCCCCUACAUGAUUUAUCUGGAGUAAACUCUAAGGUGGCUAUACCAGUUUAUCCACAACAGAACCCAUAGCAUCUCCAAAUUAGAAAUGCUUUUAAAAAGAUGGGUUAGAUUAUUUAUUUUUUUCUACGACAUCUCUAAACCUGUUAAAGUACCAGUCCUAACAUAAAUGAUACCUAUUCAUUGACUAGGUUAUUGUCUUAGAAGCAAAGAAUCUGCAACAAAAUGCAAAACAAAGUAAAUCAACACAGCGGUGGCAGGUGGUUGUUUUUAAUAUUGUUUAUUAGCACAGUAACAAAUGCAGACGUAAGAAGUCUACAACAUAUAACCAAUCCACUGAGUGACUCCUAUUCCACGCCUUAACAGCUUAAGGUAUUUCACUACAGGUUUUCACAAGUCCUGAUUUAAAUCUUUAAAGAUUUGCAUAUAAAAUAAAAUACAUUAACUACUGAUUUUCUACAUGGUGUCUUAUACAUAUGAGAUGACAGUGUCUACAAACUGUUGAAUAGCAAUGUUCCCUUUCAAGAAGGGGGAAAAAAUUCCAAAUUUUUUUUUAAAACAAAAAGUAUGUAGUCUUAGGACUUUUACAUAAAUGGCCAUAUGUGUAACCUGUACAAAAUUAAGCUGUUUUAAAAUUAGACUAUAAGCAAUUGAACCCAAAUGUCUAAAUGUACAUUCUUUUCUGUACUACAUUUCAGCUAAUAUUGCAGAACUAAUGACAGUUUUAAAAGUUUCUAUUACCAAUUUUGUCUACUGUAGCAAGAUACCUUAAGUUACAACAAAAUCUUAGGAAAUAAGACUGAAUAAUAUCUGUUAUAGAAAUACCCUACUCUUUACCAGCUCCCACCCUCCCCCACCCCUUCAAAAUCAUAAGCAGCUCUCUUCUGUGACAGACAAAUAAUGUAAGAAUUGUGAAAACCCAAUUUAUGUAGCGUAUCUCUUGGUCCACUGUCUGGCCAUUCUGUCAUGUUCUGCUCUGUUGGUCAUAUACUGAGUGGCAAUACUUCCCACCAAAGGGUCGGCUGGAAGAAAAAAAUGUAGAACAUUUUAAACUACAGCAAAUGAGCGUAGGUAGAAAUAUUCAAAGUACUUGUGAUCAAAUCCAUCUUUGAAACACAAUUGUGACAUUCUAGGUGUUUUUCCUUCAACCUUUACAAAGCAUAGCAAGGGGUGUGUGUGUAUGGGGGGUGACUGUUACCAAAACAAAAUGCUUUGGUUUUUUCUUUGUUCCACUUCUCUCCCAACAGGUAACACCCAAUUGAAGUUUCUUUGGUCUUUGUGUUAGCUAGCUAACUGGAAUAGAAUUUGGAAUGUUCAAGGCUCCAGACUAGCAUAAACAUCCAGCUGUGUCCAUGUGAUCUUUUAGCUCAGUGGCACUAACCAUGGCACCAUAAAUAUGGUGAAGUCCCCAUGGCUCUAUAUCUCUACACUGUUAUUUACCUAGAAAGAGCCAGGUCAAAACCCAGACCUCCAAUUAAAGAGUAUUUCUGUGAAAAGAGAAUGUUUAAUAAUUAAAUUUGUGUUUGGUUUAGCCAGAAAAAUUAAUCUUUUAAAAUGAAAUGAAGUCCCAACAAAUCACAAUUCAGUAAUCAUUAAAUAUUUAGCAAAAGAUAAACCAUUUUCAAAACUGAGUGGCAAUACCCAGAAAGAGCUAUGCGCCCAGAGUUCACUGAGCUGAGUAGCAUUCAGGGUAGGGCACUUUGUCAGUUCAAAAUACCUUGUUUUUAGACAUUUUAACUAGAGGACUGAAUUCUUUAGAUUAAAGCUUCCUUAGAAAGUUCUUAGAAAAACAAACUCCAUCUUUAGAAAAUUCUUAGUUUAUCUGGAAAAUUAGUAAGUAGUUUUCACAUGCGUAAGAAUAAAACAAUUAUAUUAACCUUACCAGGAUUACAGUCUGUAAGAAGUGAGCAGAUAGAAAGGAGAACUUUAGAAAUGGUUAGUGCUGGACUCCAAUUAUCUUUCAAUAUGUCCAAGCAAAUAACUCCUUGACUAUUAAUAUUACAGUGAUAGAUUCUUGUUCGAAAUGUAACCUAAAAAAAAAAAGAAGAAGUAUCAAACAAUAUUCAAAACAAACUAAAAAUCUAGAUUUCCCGUUAAGAAAGUGGGUAAUAAUUUAAAGGUAAAGUUAGGAAAUGUUCGUUGAUAUCACCUCAGGGAUUAUCAAUUUCCUCUUAAAGUAAUGACUUCUGACCAAAGCAAAGGAGAUGUAAUACUUCUUCAAAUCAUCUUUAGCAAUUUUAACUUUUUAAACGUUAACAUUUCCAAGUAUGAACAGCUAUUUGCUGACCUCUUGUGUUGGCAGGUAGUACUACACUACAAAGUAUGCUUCAGAAUCAAAUAUUGUGAAUCUUAAUGUCACAAACACUUUAAAAAGUAGCAAACAGUGGCUCAGGAGGAUUGAGAAUUCAAAGAGUCUCAGCAAAAGUGAGGUACUAAAGUAACUCAGUGAGACCCUGCCUCUAAAUAAAAUAUAAAAUAGGGCUGGGGAUGUGGCUCAGUGGUCCAGUGCCCCUGAGUUCAAUCCCUGGUACCCCCAAAAUAAAAUAAAAACUAGCAAAUUAUGGCUACACCCCAAGGGGGUGUGGGAAGGUACAAAAAUUUGAAAAGUAAAUUUUCUUUUUGUAACCUGUAUAUUAGAUCCAUAUAUUGUCUAACCCAAAUCACAGAAUUUACUAAAAUUUUCCAUGACUGAGCAGCCAGUAAUGAGUUAUUUUGUCUGGUUUCCUAAUUUUUGUGAUGUACACUGAAACGUAAAAAUUCCCUGUGACUACCAAUUUUUUUGAAAAUGACCCAGCUUUUCUAGGUGCUAUAACUGUACCUUCAUCCAGCAUUCUACCAGUCCCCAAGAGGUUCUCCUGACAGUGCAGAUGAGAAUCACAGACUGUUGGGUGUCAUAAUAGACAUGGGUGAGUUGGGUGGUCUUCAUCUCUACUAGGGUAAAAACUAAGGCCUAGAGGUUAAGGAUAUGAACAAGACCAAAAGAUGACAAAAAACAGAAUCCAAAGCUUUGGUAGACUGAGUUAGUGUUUCAGUUGUUUCUGUGUACCAGUAUUUUGAUAUUUUUUUAACUGCCCAGGAACUUUUGGUGGGGUGGAAAAUAGGGGAUUAAUUCCUGGUUGCUAACAAUGUUACCAGAAAUAGCACAAUUUUAAGCACUUAUUCCUAGAAAUGGUCUUGGCAAAUGAGGCAAACCCAAAGAACUGUUUGGUAUACUCAAAUAUACUUCGAUUCAUUAGGAAAUAAUGAAAAAUCUAGUUUUUGUUAAGAAUUAAAUUGUAUUCUCAGAAGAAUUUUGAGAGAUACUGAGCAUAAAUCAGGGCCAUUUCUUACCUUUGGAGGCUUGAAGGGAUAUUCUGGUGUAAAAGUGAUAUCAAGGAAAAACACACCACCUUCGUACACAGAUCCUGGAGGCCCUAGAAUGGUUGAUCUCCAUUCAUAGAUGUUAUCACCUUUGGGGCCAGCACUGUGAAGUAAAUACAUAAAAGAGAUGAGUAGAUGGUGGCAUUAUCCCAGUUUUACACUGUCUCUCUACCCUUCUGAAUAUUUGGAUUCUCUUUACAAACACAAAGUACCUUUCAGGAGGAAUCUGAUAUAGAAUUGCAACAAACCCAUCAGCCAUUAGUCAAAAAAUUGGAUGUAAAAGAAUGUUAGAUCCAUUCUAAGUCCACUUAGCUGUCACUAAGUAAGAAACUUUACUCAAUUCUCAUACCUCUCCUUGUCACAAGAAAAUGUAAAACAGCCAGGUGUGGUGGUUCAUGCAUAUAAUCCAGCAACUCAGAAGGCGGAAGCAGGAGGAUUGCCAAGUUCAAGGCCAGCCUGGGCAACUAAGCAAGACCCUGUCUCAAAAAUUAAAGGGUUGGGGUUGCAGGUGGAACCCAGUAGUAAAGUACCCCUGGGGUUCAACCCUAGUGCCACCCCAACACAAGGUAAGUUUUUAAAAAGACAUAUUUACAUAGAAGCUAAAUAUGUGACAGAUGAUUAAAGUUUCCCUCAGAACUACAUUAUUUCUUGUGACCAUUUUCAACACGUUUCAUUUUAUGAUCCAAUAACUGGUGCAGCUGCUGCUUCCUUGUUCUUUAUCUCAAUUAUCUUACCUUAAAAAGAAUCUAAUGAACUACUGUACUUUUUACAUUAUAAAUUAUGCCAGGUGGGAGGGAAAUGACAGAUAUCCAAUAAUAUAUAUUUAAUUCUGCCACUGAGAAUUCAAAGACAGUCUCAGCAAAAAAGUUUUCUUUCAGUCUGAAAUUUAGGGUGGGGGAAGCAAAAGAAACAUAAGGAAGAAAAUGAUAUUUCAAUCUUAAGGGAGAAUGAGGCCCAAACUGGGCUAGCCAAGGGCAAAAGAGUUUAGACAUUGGAGCGCUUACUAUGUGACCUUGAGACCCACCAUGAUCACAGAUAUUAAUUAUCCCCACUGGCUCAAACAGUAUGAUCUUAAAAAUCUUAGUGAUGCGGCAUACCCAGGAACUAAUUAAAAGCUUGUUUUAGAUUAGAUAUAUAUUUAUCUGUGUUUAAAAAAAAUGACUUCCUGCUUUUACAUGACAUCUGAUCAUAAUUUUCAAAACGGAAUCUCUUAAUCAGCUCUCUCUUUCUAGGAACAUGCUGUAACCUCUCCAGUAAGAUUAGAACUGGUCUUUCUUCUGUCAUCGGAAGCUUGCCUUCAUGUUUGUGUCUCUUCCCUCCAAUGUGUUAGAGAGACGCCCCCCUCCCGCCCACAACACCUCUUUCUAACAUUUUUCCUGCUAUGUGAGGAGAUAGCCACUUGGAAACUAAGUAGUCUUUUACGAGACACUGAAGCUCCCAGUGCCUUCAUCUCAGAUUUCUAUCCUCCACAAACUGUGAAAUAAAUUUGUUUAAAAUGUUUUAUGUAGCUUAUGAUCUAAGUCUUAAAGGCAAAAGCUACUUUAUACAGAUGAGGAAGCUAAGUUCUCUAAAAUCCACUACUAACAGUAUUCCAAAGCUAUUCCCUAAAAAUACUGAAUCAGGAGGCAUACUGUUUUGUUCAUAUCCAACUUGAUGAUGCUAAGAAAUCAGCCUAACCCUAGGGGUGAUAUGUUAGCAAUUCUGCUGGCUCCCGAGUAUCACCCCCAUCAAAAAAAAAAAAGAAAAAAAAAGUUUAACAAUAUGCCAUUAUAAGCAUAUUUUAUAGACCAUACAGAAAAACGGAGGCCCCCAAAUUUCAAUGAGCAUCAAAAUAAACUAUGGAACUUUCAAAAUAAAAGAUUCCUUGGAUCCCUCCCGGACCUACUGAGUUUAGAGUAUCUGGAGGAGGACCCUAGAAUUUGUGGAUUUAUAAAGCUACCUCCAGUGAUUUUUUUGAGCUAGUGGUUUGCCUUUGGGAACAGAUAACUCAAAGUAAGACAGUUAGGAAUGUUUAUGAACCUUAACAUUUUAUAGUUUGUCACCUGUGAUACAUAUCUAGAAAUCCAAAUCAAGAUCAUUACUUUGCAAUUUAUUCUGCUUUCAGUAUGUGUAUAAGGUCACCUGAAAUUAAAAAAAAAAAAAAGAAGAAAGUGGAGAAAGGGAGUUAAGGAAUCAAGAAUAUCACAUAACUAUGUAACAAAGAAAAGUGUUAAACUUCAAAAAUGGAAAUGAUGGAUAAAAACUAUGUAAAACAAUAUCAAAUGUAGUCAAAAAAAAUCAUAAAUGGCAUAACAAAAGCCCUGAUGAAGAUUCAGUAAUGGGAAUUCCCUAACCUGUGGGCCUCUCAGUAAUUACUUGUGAAGGAGCCAAGAAUCCACUGAAAAGACCAAGCACUGUUUCAAGAACAAAAGAAUCUUUACACAUUUAUCACUAUUAGAUAAAUUCAGGUGGCUUUUUGUCAUAUAUGUUUUUUAAAACAAAAGAACAAAAACUUUUGAUAAAGGGACUGCACAUUUUUGCCUCUCUCCUCUUAAAGUUCUAAGAAAGUUAGGAUCUACUUGUCUAGAAAGUGAACAACAAUUGACCUACGGGGCAGGUCACAUGUUAAUAGCUCUCAGGUGGCCAGUGUCAGAAGAGGGAAAGAGAGAAUGUAAAUGAGGCUGUUGAAGCAAAAUGUCUAUACAAGUACCCCACCCAUUUCUCAAUAAGACGAUGAGGCUCACCUUUCAGUCAGCGAAGUAUGCUUUUACCAGCCUUCUACCCCUCCCUUUAACCAAAGAUACUUUUAGUUCCACAAUAAGAAAUUCAACUUCAAUUUCAAACACUGGCUGAAGGAAGUACACUUUAGAGAAACAUGUAAUUUAGUUAAUCAAUCUGCAGUCUGAGUGAUUACUGGAUGGAAAGUCCUAAUUUGGGAAAAUGGGGUUGUAAAGGAGGAGAGGGGACCACUUCACAACAAUUUGCCUGAAGUCUACCUUGGCAGCUUUUGCCUGGGCACUUAUUUUGAUUGGGAUGCUCUAAAUUUGGUCAUCUCAUUUUGUAUAACAUGAAUUUUAAAAAAUAGUCAACUAUUUAAACUAUCAAUGGGUUUACAGAAAUUAGCAUCAUUUUUUAAACCCACUUGUUCCUGUUUGAAGAUGCUGAAAUUUAACUGUGAUUAGUUUGUGCAAAGCUGUGACUGAGAAGAUGAAAAGAGACUGGCUAAGCCUGUCAGAUUUCUUAAACAGAGAUUUAAGGUUUGUAACUAGAACACUUUUCAAAAUGAAAGGGUAAUACAUUAAACUCUUACACUAGGCAAAAAGAAAAAAGAUUAAGUUGUUGUUUUUUUCUUCUAGUCAAAACAAAUACUGCUAUGGCACACAUUUUAGAAAAAUAGUUAUUUCUAUUUCCAACAUGGUAUUUUAUUUAUAUGAUGGCUUCUGGCUUCACACAGGCACAUAAACAUGAGGAGCAGGGACUGCAAUCAGUUACAACACAGUUCUUCCAGGACAGCAAAGUCUGUUGAUUGACAGGCAACCUUUCCAUUUGAGUAACCUUAACAAGGACUCUUAUCUCUGAUGGCUGUGACCCCAGAGACCUAUUUUCUUUCCAAUUACCACUGGACAAGAGCUGUACACAUUUUAUGCUUCAUUAACACUAUGUCGGUGAUUAUACAAAGCCAAAAACCUACCAAUAUGGUAGUUACCACAUAUGGUUUAAAACAGAAUUUGAAUAGUAAAAAAGGACCAAAGUCAUUUAAGGUACAAUUCUAAGAAAUUAAUAAAACCAAUAGUAAAAAACUCAUUAGAGCAGUCUUACUAGAAUUUUACGUGCUCCCUAGAUUGGCUUAAAAAUUUCCAAAGUAACAUUAAACUUCAUUCUGUUUUGUCUUAAAAUAAUGUUUUGAGUCCUCCGUGCAUUUCCAUUCUCAGUACUAAUGUAUUACAGCAAACACUACUGUUCUUCCAUUUCAGUAGUCAAAAAUCAAAGUUCAAUUUCAAUUUUCAAAUGGUAUCACUGGUUUUUUUUUUUUUUUUUUAAAGAACACUCUGAUGCAGAGCAAAUAUCAAAACAGUUCUUAAAAUCUGUAUUUUUGAUUAGAUGCUGUGGUUCACACCUGUAAUCCCAGUGGCCGGGGAGGCUGAGCCAGGAGGAUAGAAUGUUCAAGUUCCAGAAAGGAAGAUGUGAUAAAGACUGUCAAUUGUCUGUCUAAUCCUAGUCUAUGUCCUGGAUUAUCCUAUUAUCUUGUGCUACAUUAUCCCAUAGUACAAGCCCCAGAAAGGAAGAUGUGGCAGAGACUGCUGAUUGGCUAAUAGAUCUAUCUCCUUUCUUUGGAGAAGCUUCAUGAUAAAACUAGUCACUUAUAUGAAGUGUAUCAUUCAUCACAAAACCUCCUAAAUCCCCAUUUCAGCUGUAGUCUUUCAGCAGUGGUUCUCAAUCAGAGGUAACCCAAAACACCUGGCAAUGUCUGCAGUCAUUUCUGAAUCGUCAAAUGGAGAGAGAGAAUGCUAAGGGAUGCUCCUAACUAUGGUACAGUGCAUCUGACAGCUUCUACAACGGGAAUCAUCCCAGCCUAAAAUGUCAAUAGUGCUCAAGGUUAAGUUAGUAAAGGCAAGAAAGCUUCAGUGUGAACCUGUUGUCAGGCUCCAGUGCCCAUCACUUUAUAAUAAGAUCCCCCCCAACACACAAACGAUUCAUUUUCUUUUUGAUACUGGGGAUUGAAUGCAGGGGCACUCUACCACAGAACUACAUCCCCAGCCUUUUUUAUUUUUAGAUAGGGUGUCACUAAGUUGCUGAGGCUGGCCUCAAACUCGUGCUCCUCCUGCCUCAGCCUCAGGAUUGCAGGUUUGAGUCACACCUGGCACGAAAUCAUGCUCACACAUAUGUUAGUUUUGAGAAGUCAGCUAUGGAGAACAUUAAGUGGCAAUGAAGAUCAACUCUUUUCUAAUUUUCUAGGUUUAAGUUACUAUUUGUAUUGUAUCUAGCUCUCUUCUCCCCUUUUGGUAACUACACAAUAAGAAAUGUGUCAGCCUUAGUAAUGCUUAGUUCUGUUAAGACUGCAAAAAAUCAGUACCAAACAAUUUAGAAAAUGCUUAUCAGAAGAAAUUCACAAUCAAAUCUAUAUUCCUUAUGAUGAACACUACCCAAAAUGCACUUUUGAUUCUGUUUUCUUUUGCUAAGCAAUUCAUACAGAAUGAUAAACUCUGAAGGUAGCAAACUACCAGAACAAAUCCUCUUCCCCAGCAGUGAUGUACAGAUCUACAGGGGGUGAAAGCUGCUCCAUGAGAUCGACUGUACUUGGCAUACCCAGAGGACUUUAAUAAAAAAACAAAUAUAGGGGAUGGGGCUGUAGCUCAGUGGCAGAGCACUUGCCUACCAUGUGUGAGGCACUGGAUUCAAUCUUAGCAUCACAUAAAAGUAAAUAAAGGCAUGCUGUCCAUCUGUAACUACAAGAGAAAAAAAAAAAAAAACAACUUGCCCUCUGCGUCCCUUAUACAACAG